GACCCUGACUCAUUGUGUAACCUGCAGGGAGGGGGGGGCUAGGUUGCAGGUGCCUAUUUACAGGCAGUGCAGGGUAUGGUGGGUGGGGUCUGCACUAGCCCAAGCUGGAGAGAGGGUGGUCAGCACUAGCCCUGCUUGAGAGAGGGGGCUCUCUAUAAAGAGGACAAGUUAUUUUUUUUCCCUUUGCUGAAGUCCUGUUGAAUAAAUGUCUGGAAUCAUGUGGUGAUAUUUCCUGCAGCACUAACACGAGGAGAAUCUGCAGAGAUCAGCAAAGGGGGAGAGCUGGUGGAUCACCUCUGGAUGGAAGUCUUGCUAGCUGCUGGAGCAUCUGCCUGCGUCAUCGGCUUCUGCAGGGGAAUCUGUAAGUUUUCGUACUUGCUGGGAUGAUUACACCACAAUGAGCUCACCAGGGACCUAAUGGAUGGCAGAUGAGAUCAGAAUCUGAGAGUCCAAUGUGAAGCAGAAUCCGAGGAGAGUGCCAAAGGAUCUAUUAAUAUUCAUGGGCUGAAGACCAUGGACCCUGCAAUGUUAAACUCGGUAAGAGAUGUCCAGCGUGGCCCUACUGUGAAGCAGAGGUUCUUGCGAAGAACUGUUGUGGACUCUGAUCAGGAGGAACCUCCAGUUUUAGAUUUGACUGAUUCAGACUGUCCAAACAAAGUAAUUCCCAUCUCCAGAGCGAGACGGGCAAUUGCCAAGCGGACACAAGUAAUCAGCGAUGAAAAACAUGGCACUGCGCCCCUCGAAUCCAACUCUAAAAUUGCAGAGGAGCCUCCAGAGCAAGCUGGAGACUCCAUCAAAAAGCAGGAACCUGGCAUUUCCAAAGAUGUAUCAAAAUCCCAAAAGGAGGAGGAGGAGGACAGCGAGGAAGCAGAUAUAAAGGCUGUUUCCACAUCACCUGAUGGCAGGUUUUUAAAGUUUGACAUUGAGAUAGGAAGAGGAUCCUUUAAAACUGUGUACAAGGGACUAGACACUGAGACAUGGGUGGAGGUUGCCUGGUGCGAGCUUCAAGACCGUAAACUGACUAAGCAGGAAAGGCAGCGAUUUAAAGAGGAGGCUGAAAUGUUGAAAGGUUUGCAGCACCCAAAUAUCGUCAGAUUUUAUGAUUUCUGGGAAUCCUGUCUGAAAGGGAAGAAAUGCAUUGUUCUUGUUACUGAACUCAUGACAUCAGGGACUCUGAAAACAUACUUGAAGAGGUUUAAAGUCAUGAAACCGAAGGUUCUCCGCAGUUGGUGCCGGCAGAUCCUGAAGGGUUUACAUUUUCUCCACACCCGAACUCCACCAAUUAUACACCGGGACCUGAAAUGUGACAACAUCUUCAUCACAGGACCCACCGGCUCUGUGAAAAUAGGAGAUCUUGGAUUAGCAACCCUAAAACGGGCUUCAUUUGCUAAAAGUGUCAUAGGAACGCCGGAAUUUAUGGCGCCAGAGAUGUAUGAAGAGCAUUAUGAUGAGUCUGUUGACGUCUAUGCUUUUGGAAUGUGUAUGUUAGAAAUGGCAACAUCUGAGUACCCGUACUCUGAAUGCCAGAAUGCUGCUCAGAUAUAUCGGAAAGUUACCAGCGGUGUCAAGCCAGCAAGCUUUGAGAAGGUGUCAGACCCAGAAAUCAAGGAAAUUAUUGGGGAGUGUAUCUGUAAAAAUAAACAAGAAAGAUAUGAGAUUAAAGAUUUAUUAAGCCAUGCCUUCUUUGCUGAAGAUACUGGGGUGAGAGUGGAACUUGCUGAGGAAGACCAUGGGAGAAAAUCUUCCAUUGCCUUAAGACUCUGGGUAGAAGAUCACAAAAAGUUAAAAGGGAAACCCAAAGAUAAUGGAGCCAUUGAGUUUACUUUUGAUCUGGAAAAAGAAACUCCUGAUGAUGUUGCACAAGAAAUGGUGGAUUCUGGAUUUUUCCAUGAAAAUGAUGUGAAAGUUGUUGCCAAGUCCAUACGUGAUAGAGUUGCAUUAAUCCAAUGGAGGAGAGAGCGAAUGUGGCCAGAGGGUGGGCAGAGAGAGGGGCUGGAGCAGCCGCAGUUGCCACAAACCUCUGUCGCUCCACCUGUACUCUCGUCCCACACAGGCCAACUAAUCUGCCCAGAGCAAGAGGAACUAGAUCCGGACCAGCGCACCUUUCACCCAAAGUUACCUGCCAGCAUCACAUCCGUGGCAUCGGACAGCACAUUUGACAGUGGUCAAGGGUCCACUGUGUAUUCAGAUUCACAGAGCAGCCAGCAAAGCGUGAUUUAUUCCUCUCUGCCGGAAUCACUUCCGCCUGCAGUUCAGCGGGUUUACAGCCCACCAAUCCUGGAAGGCCAGAUGAUGUCCCAGAGCCCCCAGCACCACCUGGCACAAUACCUUCAGACGCCAACUCAUGGCAUAUCUGCUGCACCAGCCCCCCACCCUGUCAUCCCACAGCAGCUUUACCAAGAUCCAAACACCCCAUACCCAAUACCUCAACCAACCUCUACUCCAUUAGUGCCAGUUGCCUUACCAAGCCAGCAACCCAUGCAACAACCAACUGUCUUGCAGCCAACCCCAGCUGGUCAGACUCUGUGUCCUGUGCAGGCUCCAUCUCAUCCCUUCCCUCAGUACCAGCCUCAGAUGGCACAAGUAGCUCCGGGCCAACUUAAACCUCUACAGAUUUCUACUGUUCCUCUCCAGCAGCACCCAGUACACCAGUCACAGCUUCCUCCGUAUCCAAUCAUUCCUGCAGUUACUCCUCUUACAGGAUUUGGAAACCUCCCUGCAAAUAUCUCUGAACUACCUGCUGUCUGUAUUACCCCCUUACCUGCUAACUGUCAGUAUUUCUCUCCGGGAGCAGUCUCUGUGCCUCCCGCAGUGAAUCCACCUCAGUCUGCACAGGCAGUCCAUACACAGUUUGCAUUGCCUUACGAGGCUAAUGUAGUGCCAAAUAUUCAAGUGGCUUCUAUACCUUUGCUCGCUGUAGCGCAGGCUGGAAUGUCGGCAUUGCCAACCCCAUCACAACCAUUGGCCCGGCUCCCCCAGGCAACAGCGUUUCCACAGAUCAUUCAAAGUGAUGCAGCCUCUAGUAAUCAUUCUCCAAAUAUUCAGACCGUUGCACAACAAUCACUCCUUCCCGUUCCUCAGUCACCUCAUCCCAGCAUAAUCCAUCCUUCUGAUCAGACUCCAUCCCUGGCUGGGAACCAGGUUGUUGGGCUUUCCAAUUACACUGUGGACAUCGGUACCUCUGGGGCACCUCCCACUGUGCAUUUGCAUGCUGACAUGAACUUUACAAUGCAAGGAUUGGAGCCUUACAUACAUAGCAAGGUGGAUCCAGUUGGGUCAGAAACUCAAAAUAUAUCCCUUUAUGCAACUGGCAUGCACCACAAUGUAUCCCACUCUUCAGACAUGAGCACCUACACAGUCUCCCAGUCUGUUACAGAUCCUGGUCAAGAGGAGCAAACCAUGCAAAUAAAUCCGCUGCCUUCUACCCAGACCUGUGAUAAUUACCCAGGUUCAGAUGCAGCAUCUGGAAAAGAAAUGAGCGACACUCACGAGGGGUUCCAUAGCGGCAGCAAACAAGCAAAGAAACAUCACCGGAGAUCAUCUCGAACUCGAUCACGCCAGGAAAAAACCAAUAAACCUAAACUGACUAUUCUCAAUGUUUCUAAUACUGGUGACAAGAUGGUUGAAUGCCAGUUGGAAACACACAACCAUAAAAUGGUGACAUUUAAGUUUGAUUUGGAUGGGGACGCUCCAGAAGAGAUUGCGACUUAUAUGGUAGAGAAUGAGUUUAUAUUGCAGUCCGAAAAGGAGAUUUUUAUAGAGCAAAUGAAGGAUGUGAUCGACAAAGCCGAAGAUAUGUUAAGCGAAGAUACAGAGGGAGAGAGAAGCUCUGAUCAAGGAGCAAGUCCACAGAAAGCCGACUCGUUUCGGACAGAAAUGACGGAGGAAACCCAUCACAGUCAAGCAAAGACACCAGUUUACCAGCAAAAUGUUUUGCACACAGGAAAGAGAUGGUUUAUUAUAUGUCCAGUGGUUGAAAGCCCCAGUGCUGUGCUCGCAGAACAGUCAUCUCCGACUCUGAAUGCCCAAACCCAGAAGGAGGGUAUAGAGGAAAGAGUAACAGAAGAUGUCAAGCAGAUAUGUCCCACAGAAGCCAAUACAUUGGAUCUUUCUCUAGGUCAUCCAUUUCUGGUAGAUCCUGGUGAGCCUGCCACUGGAAUUCCUGCCUCCAUUACACAGUCUUCCUCUACCAUAUCCUCUUCUGAUCUGCAGACACAAACUGAGUUUUCCCUUUCAACCCUUGCCGAAUCCAGCUCCUUUCUUCAGGGUGAGAGUAUCACUCCUAGUGUAUCUACAGUUUUACAGCCUGUGAAAGAAUCAAGUCCUCUUGGUCCGGUUAGUCAUUCAUCUUCACAAAAAGGGAAUUAUGACUCUCCCACUACUUCUCUGUCUGUGACAUCUGCUCUAGAACUUGAGCAGGAGAUCUCUGGCCAACAUACAAUAUCAGCUGUCAAAUCAUUAAGUGAAAAUGUACCAUUGUCUACUACUUUGCCUGCCGGAGAUCAGUUUGCUAAUAUUCCACGGGAAAACGUUCUUGAGCUUCAGUCGGAGCAGAGUUUGUUGUAUGAAUCGGACAUUGGCUCACCUGUUGUCAAUCAGGUUAAAUCAGCUGUUUGUCUGGAUAGUUCUUUGAAUGCUUCGGAAGGUCCAUUGCAUCCUUUUCAAGAUACAACUACAGUCUGCCCGACUACUCUGCAAAUGCAGUCUCAGGCAUUGACAUUGCCUGUGACAAGUUCAAGUACUCAACCAGGAAAUCUAACUGAAUCGGAUGGGGAAGGACCACCAAGAGUGGAGUUCGCUGAUGACACUAUUAAAAGCUUAGAUGAAAAGUUACGUACAUUGUUGUAUCAAGAAUAUCCUCCAGCAAACCUGUCUGCAGCAACCCCUGAGAACUCCUGUUGCUUAGAAAGUGCAGCAGAAGGUAUUUUCCUGCAGCGAAUCAAUGAAGAAAUUAGUUUGGAGUGCAGACAUCUUGACCAAUCCAUCUCUCUGUCUGCAGACCUGGCCAGCAGUGUUACUGAUACAAGCAUGUCUAAUUUACCAGAUAAGAGGGUUCAAAACAAGUUGCCAAUGUUAUCACAAAAAGGGGCUCCUGGAGAGAAAACACCACUUGAUGAAAGCUCUGUGGACUGUGUAUCACCAAAACAAAAAGCAGCCUGUUCGGAUAAGUCAUCGAAAACAAUUGGGAGGUUUUCAGUGAUGAGCACAGAAGAUAAUGUAACUGUGACCUCCCCAAAUUAUUUACGAUUUUCUGCUCCACCUGAUGUCUACUUGGAUCAGCUUCCUCCACAGCCAGUAAAGACCGUUCCACGAUCCCAUACAUCCUCCCCUAUUAAUUCUCUUUUCUGUGGUCAUGUCUCCAGUGAUUCCGAUGAUGAUGUUCCUAUGUCAAAGUCCAAAGAUGCUCAGCCGUCAACCCCCAGCAAAGGAGGCACCAAUGACUUUAUAAAGAAGGCCACGGCUUUCCUUCAUAGAUCUGGAAAGACCACUGUGCAAAGUCCCGACUCUCCUAGUGGCCAUACCACCAAGAUCCCAUCCAUAAACAUCACCUCUUUCCAUUCACAGUCCUCAUACAUGAGCAGUGAUAAUGACUCUGAAUUUGAAGAUACAGACAUGAGAAAAGAGUUGCAGCGUCUUCGGGAAAAACACAUGAAAGAAAUCACAGAACUACAAGUCCAGCAGAAGAGGGAGAUCGAGGCUCUGUACGUCAGGCUGGGGAAGCCACUACCUCCCAAUGUAGGAUUUUUACAUGCAGCACCACCAAGUGGUCGUCGGCGCAGGAUCAGCAAAAAUAAAUUGAAAACUGGAAAAUUGGUCAACCCAUUGGUGCAACAAUUAAAAAAUGCCACAUCAGUUACAAAUAAUAUCGCAGUUGACUGUAAUGGUUCUCCAGGCAAAAACAUUGUGAAAUCUCAUGCUGACUCCAAGUCACAAGACGCAGGGACUUCUUUCACUGCGUCCACUGUACGAGCUGUUCAGACACAGCAGCCAUGCUCCGUGAAAGUAACAGUGUCUUCGGAUAAUAUAUGCACUGGGGUGGUCCGUGAGAGCACUGAUAUACAUGGAGUCUCUGGCCAAGGCUGGACGGUUUACCACCAAACGUCUGAGAGAGUCACCUAUAAAUCUAGUAGCAAACCUCGUACCAGAUUCCUCAGUGGACCUGUGUCUUUAUCCAUCUGGUCAACCCUGAAACGGCUUUGUCUAGGGAAAGAUCACAGUAUUAGAUCUUCAACAAGCAGCCUUGCUACUGGUGCCGAGGGCUCCUCUGUUCCACCAAUGAUCGCCCCACAAAUCCAAGCCCAGACUAAUAACAGCAACAACAAGAAAGGGACCUUCACAGACGACCUUCACAAGCUUGUGGACGAGUGGGCAAGCAAAACGGUUGGUGCCGCACAGUUUAAACCAUCGUUAAACCAGCUCAAGCAAUACCAGCAGUGGCAAGACCUGGAACGAAAACCUGGUACACUUGACAUGGGAGGUGUGAAUCCUAUUCUGCCUGAUUCAGGAAGAAAGUGCCACUUGAUGACUUCAACUACAUCAAAGGGACCUGUCUCUCCAUCUUCCCAUCCUGCAGCACUAUCCCGAGUUACAGAGACAGGAACGGGGCCCCUCUGUCAGUAUACAGGCAUUUUCCCCACAUCAACAAUGUAUAGCACACAAUGGGCAAAAGUGGCACAGCCUGGAAUUGUGGGUAGCCAAAUGGUUACCCCAGUACCGUCUAAUAAUGUGCAGCUUUUCCCCUCAACAUUGCAACCUCCCUCUAGAAAUUCCAGCAGCUCAAACUUGAGGAUCACGUAACUUUGUUUAUUGCCUAUUUUCCUCCCUCUUCCUUUUUUUUUUUUUUGCCCCCAAAUUUUAAACUGUGUUUGAGCUCCUCACAUUUCUGGUUUUAUUUAUCUGAGCCAACCUUGCAAGCUCUUCAGUGUGGUAAUCUCUAUUAUCACUGUAGAAGUGACUAUGGUCUAAUACUAAUAUUGCACACAUGCCCUCCUUCCCCACAUGGCCUAUACUGCAAUAUAUGCCCACUGUGAGUGUCUUCUCCAGAACUGCUCUGAUGGUCAAGUCGAGACGUUAAGGGUUACUUUUUAUUUUUAUUUUACAGCAAACAUUGUACGCAACCUACAAAGUUACUUGAAUUAAUGACGAAUUGCUUUGAACCCUGGGGGGAUUAGUGCCUUGUAAUAUCUUUAGAUUCCAAUUUAUCUGGGUAGUUCUGUUUUAAAAAUAAAGAAAAUCCUUUAAUUGUUCCAAAAUCCUACCUAAGUUCUGGGAUCACACCGUUUUACUACUUUUUUUUUUUUACUUCAUUUUUUUGUUUUUUGUUUUAAUUGGUUAACCGUGUAAGACUGGCCAGUUUCUUUAGUUGUUUACAAUGGAGUUCCCAUCCCCUUUCCUCCCCACAAUAAUAGAAAGGCUUGAAUAUGUGUUGGUUUUUUUUAGUUUAUUUUUUUUAUUUAUCAUUUUGAAGGAAAAAAGGCAUUUUACAACAUUUUCUGUUAAAUCAUAGCAAACCAGUUGCAUUUCCAAGCAUACUUAACCCACUGGGUACCAGAGAAAGGUAACAUUUCAUUGCGCAAAGACCUGGCAUUGAAAGUGUUGAUAUAGGAGUUCACUUUGAAAAUGUAAAAAUUAUGUAUCAAUAAACCUCCUCCCAAUCUGUGUGGGAUCUUUUAAAGAAAGGAGGCUUAAAAUGUUUCUCAGGUUUGCACCUUUUCCUGAUUGUGGGUUGUGGAUUGGCAAUUUAGACCCUAAAUCCGUGUUCUCAUACUUUGACUCUGCAGGUAAAUGAAUACAAUAUAAGGGCAAUGGAUUAUGGGAGUCACAAUCCAACACUAUCUGGGGACUGGAGUCUGAAAACCUAGAAACAUAGAAAGUGUUUAUUCACUAAAUAGUGCUGGUUAUGGUUAGAUUAGAUUGUAAAGGAUCUGACUAAAUGAUAAUUGCACAUAAAAUUGCACCUUUUAGAUAUCUACAUGCGUUCUUUCAAGCUAAAACCUUUUUAAUUAGUUAUCACGGAAUUUCACCUUUGCAGAGCAGAAUAUUGAAACCAAUCAAUGUCAACUAAAUUGAAAUUGUUCUCUGCCUUAGAAACUUGGCACAGUAAUUGUGAAAAGCUUUUGAGAUGUUCCCUUACAACAUAAGCAAUCUGUACUCCCGUACUGGCUGGCCGUGCUUUGAAUCUGUGUGUUACCGAUGUGUGUUCCUUGUUAAUUGUUUGACUUUGUAACUGGUCCAGGAAUUGGAUGAAUCAGACUAUACUGCUCUUCAAACCUUGUGCAUGUUUCUGCGUGCUCCUUUGUUGGUCAAACUGCUCAACAUCACCAGUGGUUUAAUUUACAGAAAUAGUUUUGGGGAACUGAUGAGUAGAGUGGUCUGUUUUACAAUGCUUUAGAAGACCUAGUGGCUCGAUGGGGGAGCAUUAUUUUAGCUCUUUCAAGUUACAUUUUAUCUAGAAUCAUACUGUAUUCCUUGAAAUGAAUAGGGGUCUAUCUUUUUUUCCACUUAAAUUUGUUCCUUUGUCUCUAUAUUAAAUUACUCUCCACUGUUCCUCAAAUCCCAUAACGUUUUACCUAAUGUGAAAUUAACACCAACUUAUUGGGUAUAUAUCUGCAACAGAUACUAAUGUACUAUCUCUAAAUAUAUCUAUCACUAAAAUUUGCACUUUGCAUGUGCGCUUUUUU